ACUGAGCAUGUUGAUUAUAAGCUAUACAUGUAGCCUUGUAGCUUUGAUGUUUAAGUGCUGUUUCACUUGCUCAACCCCAAGAAGUUUAUUUUGUUAAACUAACACGUAAUAAAAAUUAUAAUUAUGUGAUCAUCUUUUCCUAAAACAUUUUAAGCAACUUUGAAUUCUCUUGUAAGCCCAUGACAUCUUUGGUGGGUUAUUAUAUAAAAGGAGCACUGACUUGCUCUUUAGAUAUACUGACAUUUUGUAUUAUUGUUUAAAACUUCCACUUCAUUACCAACCAAAAUGUCUCUGUUUUGGUACAGUAUGAUGGCAGUUGUUCUUAUCAUUAAUGCUGUCAAUGGAAACUGUCCUGAAGAUGAUGAUACUUCGUCAUCAUUUCCAUCUCCAACUUCAUCUUCUUUAAUUCCGUCACCCACUCCAGGACCUGUUACUUAUCAAUUUUUUUCUUCUUCAAACACUAGUGUUAAUGCUCAACCUGUGUGUGUAAUGCCAGUUGAUUGUAAAGCAUGGAAGGACUUGGGGAUUACUAAGAAUGGUGUGUAUCCUAUAAAACCUGAUAAUGGAGCAGCUUUUCAAGUUUACUGUGAUAUGGAGACCGAUGGUGGUGGAUGGAUUAUAUUUCAGAGGAGAAAAGAUGGAUCUGUUGAUUUUAAUAGAAAUUGGGUUGACUAUGAGUAUGGGUUUGGCGAUCUUGCUGGUGAGUUUUGGUUAGGAUUGAGCAAGAUUCAUCGCCUCACUAAAGAAGGAUCAAACACACUAAGAGUGGACCUGGGAGACUUUGAUGCAAACACAGCUUAUGCAAAAUUUUCAUCAUUCAACAUUGGAGGUAGUACUACUAAAUAUGUCUUGUCUGUUGGAGGGUAUUCCGGUACUGCUGGAAAUUCAUUAAUCGAUCAUAAUGGAAGAAAAUUUUCUGCAAGAGAUAAUGACAAUGAUAACAACUCAGGUAACUGUGCUCGAGAUAUUUACCCUGGUGGCUGGUGGUUUAACAGUUGCUUUGUGGCACAUCUUAAUGGUGUUUAUCACCAGAAUCCAUCCAUCAGCUAUGCAAAGGGCGUUGUCUGGUAUAACUGGAAAGGCUGGUAUUAUUCUCUUAAGUUUACAGAAAUGAAAACUCGUGCAAAUUGAACAUUUUGAAGUGUGUGCUUUUUUGAUUUUGGUAGAUUUAGUCAGCCUAUAUAUAUAUACACUAGAAAAUGGACAUGUUAUUUU